AGGAUGCCUACCUCAUAGGGUCACCAGGACAACCGGACUAGGACGUUUUCCGGGAUAAUCCAAAGGCACAGUAGCCACCUCAGAAUUUCCAGAAAGUCCAUGUUGUAGACCCAUUCCAUUUUGGCUAAGUCUGAGCCAGUGAAAUGUUUCCGGGAUGGAGCCGACAGCCCAGGGACAGACGGAGAAAUGCUUCAGCUAUGUCAUCAGAGCUCCCAGCAUCGAUGGCUCGGAUGGGAUAAACGUGGACGUGAAGAUUGACACCUGCUGGGUGUUCCGAGACGUGGAGGAGAGUGACAAGGAGCAGGGAUGCCUUCGAGAAACAGCCAGCAGCCUGGACCUGGACACAGGGCUGCUCAGGGAGCAGCUAGAAUCCUCCGAGCAGAAGCUGUUGGCAGCUGUGGACAAGCAUAUGGUAUCAGAGUCAGGGCUGAGGAGCAGGGUCCAGGAGCUGGAGCUGUCAGAGAGGAGGCUUCUCUUGAAGGUGGAACAGCUGAGUGCCUGUGUGGCCGAGGAAAGAAGUGCCACAAUCCAUGUCCAGGAGCAGCUGCAGGCACUGAAGGGGACACUGGUCAGCCAGGUGCGGGAGGCAGAGAGUGCGGUCCGACGGCAGCGGCGGCUGCAGGAGCGGCUGCGGCGCAAGGACGAGGCGCUGGCACGGCAGGCGGCGGCCCUGAAGCGUUGCGGGCGGGUGCAGCGGCAGCAGCUGGGCCUGGUGCGGGAGCAGGAGCGCGUUCUGCGGGUGCAGGUGCAGCGGCUGGAGCGCGACGUGCGGCGCCUGGGGCACGCUGCGGGCCUCCUGCUGGCUCAGCUGCAGGCCGCGGACUCGUCGCCUAUUUCGGGGAGCUCCGGACCGCAGUUUCUAGCCGGUCCCUUGGGUGAUCCUGAGGUCGUAGAGCUAAGCGCGCUGCGAGCCAGGGCGGAGCUCGCGGAGCGGGAGCGGGUGAAAGCGGUGCUCAGGCUGCGGGAGCACAGCGCCACCGAGCGGCAGCUGCGGGAGCAGCUGGAGGAACUGCGCUGCUGCGUGUAUGGGCUGACGUUGUCGGAGAUUGGCCUGCACAGCCAGGUGGAGGAGCUCGCCCACCAAAAUCGGCGCCUGCGGGCCCAGCUGGGGCACCGUAGCCCGGUUGCCUUGGGCUGUGCACAGAGUGAUUCUCCAUCUCCACCCAGGGCAGAGGUGCUGUAUCCCGGCAGCAGCCACGGUGAUGCGUGUGAACUUCAGGGACUAGCAGGCCAGCUCUCAGAAGAGCCCCCAAGCUGGGCUGGAGAUGGACCAGACCCCCACAUGAUGGUGUCAGCAAGGACCACAGUCAAGCUUCAGAGAGACCUGCCAGUGUCUGAGCAUAGACAGGGGGCUCUCAUCCAGCCCCACCUGGAUGCACAGGUUCUCCGGCUGCUGUGUAGCUGUCCCCCAAGUUCAGGCAUGGACGAGCCACUCUGCUCCUUGGGUUUGUCAGAAGUAUCAGAGAAUCUUCAAAGUGUUGGAGCCCAAGAACCUCUACUGCUGUUACCCACAUCCAUGCUCCAGCUCUGGGGACCUGCUGGAGACCCAGAGCUCCUCCUGCCACCUCUGCUCCAGGAGUGUCCUCUGCAAGAACUGCAGACCCAAGAAGAGCUGGACAGCAUGCCUUCACCCACCCUUGGAGCUCUGGCACACUCCAGCUGCCAUUGUAAUCUGGCAAGGAACCAUGACACCACCCUUGGCCGGGAGUUCCCACUUAUUUCCAAUGGUUCAUCUCUCACAAAAGGUCCCAAGGAGCCAAGAGACACAUGGCAGGAGGGAAGUGGGCCUCCAAUCACAAGUGCAGAGAAGUGGGGGGUGAUGGGAACCUUGGGUGGGGUAAAGUCAGAGCUUGAGGACAGAUGCCUGCUGUUCCUGCAAGACAGUGAGAAGUUGUCCUUGGACACUGAGGUCCACACUCCAGAGAGCAUGCAGGGAGAAGGUAGGGCUGCAGAUACCCAGGAUGGGUCCUCCUUUCCUUGGCUUGGGUCAGAAUGUCUAAUACUGCCUCUGCGUGGGACAGCCUCUAGGUCACAGGAGGGUCCUGACUCCAUGAGCAAGAGAGGAAAUGUGAAAGGAUGUGGCUGGGAACGAUUGAUAAAUCUGUCUCCAGAGAAGGAGGAAGAGGCCACCAGCUUCAGGGCUCAUGCGACCCGAGAGCCAAGGACAAAUGGUAGCCAGCUUUCCUCGGGAAAGGGCAAAGACAUCUGGAGGAGUGCACAGGGCAAGCUGGGCCACCAGCUGUGCUUUGGAGACGCUGAGCUCCUACAGAAGGAGAGAUCUGGGGAUGGAGAACAAGAGGAGAUGCAGGUCCGCGUGGCGUCAGACUCGGCUUCUGUGGGCCCUGAGCAGCCUGAGUUCAAGACCCGUGUGGGUCAGGAACAGUGCAUAGAUGAUCAGGAUUUGUUACAGCUUUCCAGAUGGGCUUCAGCAGGUGCCAGGAGUGAAGGUCCUUUCUCCUCACAGGCUCUGAUCAUGGGACAGGAUAGGCGUGCCCUCCAGACAGACACACUGGAGAAGGAGGUGGGAGCAGGCUUCCAGCAGCUGAACAACCUGCAGCGUGUGUGUGGAGACCCCCAGCAGAUGUCAGCCUUGAUGAGACAGAGCCACAGUGCCACUCACAGGUGGCAGCGGGACAUCGAGGAGGGUGUGCGCCUUCAGCAGGCAUUGGCCAGCCAGGAUCUGAAUGCAAAACCCAACAAGAAUAAUGAGGGAGUGGGGCUGGACGAGGAUGUGGUCCUAUGCAAUGAAGAAGUUUUUCCAGGAGCAGUACUCAAUGGGGAUAAAGCCAACUGGGGCCCUGCUGAGCUGGGUGGGAGUCAGCUCCCUGCAACAUACUGUACCCUAAAUAAGGCGGGAAGCAGAUUCCAUCAGCUCCUUUCUAACACGGAGAAAGAGAGAAGUCAGGUUUUACUUGAUAAUGCCGGGCUUCAGGGACACCAAGAGAGAUGUCACCAUGAAGGAUGUCCUUGUGAAAAGGAGCAUGCAAGAGAAGCUGCCAAGGCACUGAGGCUGGAGCAGGCGAACCACACGCUGCAGGGAGAACUGGUCCGCCUCAGGCACGAGCUGGACCGGUGCCUGCAGGCUGUGUCCGACCUGGAGGAAUGCAAUAGGAAGAGUUACUGCAAGAUUUCCCAGCUGGAAGAGGAGAAUGAGAAACUGAAGAGGGACCUGGGCCAGUUGCAUAAGGCUGUGGCUGAAAGUGUCAGGAAAGCCGGGAGCAGGGUGACACAUGUCACCCUGGAAAACACAGAGCUCAGGGCUCUGAUCUCUGAGCUCGGGGUCAGCUAUAAAGGACUGAUAAAAGACACAGUGCUAGGGAUAGAAGACAUGGUCUGGGCUCUGCAGGGGGAAAACAAGCGCCUUGUGGGCAGGGUCCAAGGCCUGGAGAGGGAGGUCCUGCAGAUGAGCAGGGAUUUGGGGGAAGAAAAGUGGUACUCCCAGGGAAACGCCGGCAUGGUGGGAGACAAGGGACACGCUGAAGACAAAGAGGUCCAGGUGACUAUGUUUUCAAGACAACUGAGCACAAGAGCCUGUGGGCCAUCCUGGGCUGAGAAGUCAGAUGUGGCUGGAGGACCUUCCUUAGAUUUGGAAGAUUCCAGAUGCAGGGCUGAUGCUAGUAUGACCUCAUCAGUCUGUGCAGCCACCACAGGGCCUCAGGAAGCACACACCGACGGGGCCGCGGGAGACAGAGCUUGGCUGCCGAAAGAACAGAAGACGCCAUGGUGUUCUGUGCAGCAAGGAGAGUCUCAGAGGUCCCGGAGCCUCAGCCCCCAGCUCCAAAACUCUAAGGCUGCUGCCUCUGAGGAAGACACCAAACUAUGCAUUCAGCGGCUCCAGCACCAGGUUCGGACCCUACAGUGCCAGCUCAGGGACCAGGGUUGGGCACUGAGGGAGUUGCAGAUGGCUCGGGAUGAGGCAGUGGACCUCCAGGAUAAGCUCAAAAGCAAGCUUGAGGAGCUUCGGGAGCAGCAGCAUGAAGUACGCCUGGCUUCAAGCCCUCUGAAGGCCAAGAUGGCUUCCCUGGUCCACAAGUGCCAGGAGAGGAAUCGCCUGAUUGAACACCUACUACAGGAGCUGCCAAGGCACGAGCCCAGGAACCGCCUGCUCUCUGAGCUGGCGCAGAGCAUGUUUGAGGAUAUAGCCCUGGCUGAGUAUAGUGCCACCUUCCUGACCCCAGGAGCACCUGAGACGUUCUGCCACCUGGACGUGAGCUCCAAGGAGACCUCAGCCGGAGGAGCUCAGGAGUAUCUGUUUAAUUCGGAAACAGACAGUGUCCUCCAAAGCCUGUGGGGUGCGGAGUCCUGGUCCCAUCCAGGGGUUGAGUGGGCACUGCAGACUGCUCCACCAGGUUCCCCAAAGGAAAGAAGACAUCACCACCAGGCACAUCACGAUGGAAAAGAUGAAUGUCUGUCCCAGAUGACCAAUGGAGCAGAGGUGGCACUGUGAUGUAUGGUCCUUUCAGGAGCUGAGUUACAAGCCUCAUCAUCACUCCCUUCCCAAGCCAUCACGAGGGAAUGUUUCUCUCUGCACAAGACCAGUGAGCA